GCGGCAGGACCCAUCGGUCGCGGUUGUGUCUGGGAAGGAGAGAAAAUGGCGGCGGAGCCGAGCAAGACCGAAAUCCAGACUCUUUUUAAGAGGCUACGAGCAAUUCCAACCAACAAGGCCUGUUUUGACUGCGGCGCCAAGAGUCCGAGUUGGGCCAGCAUCACGUACGGUGUUUUCUUGUGCAUUGACUGCUCCGGGGUGCACCGCUCUCUGGGCGUCCACCUCAGCUUUAUCAGGUCCACAGAGUUGGAUUCAAACUGGAGCUGGUUGCAGCUGAGGUGUAUGCAGGUUGGCGGCAAUGCUAAUGCGACAGCUUUUUUUCGCCAACAUGGUUGCACAGCUAAUGAUGCCAAUACCAAAUAUAAUAGCCGAGCUGCACAGAUGUACCGGGAGAAAAUCAGGCAGCUGGGGAGUGCUGCCUUGGCUAGGCAUGGUACCGAUCUUUGGAUAGACAAUCUGAGCAGUGCUCCUAGUCAUUCUCCAGAGAAGAAGGACUCUGAUUUCUUCACAGAACACACUCAGCCUCCUUCCUGGGAUGCACCAGCCACUGAGCCUUCAGGGAUGCAGCAGCCAGCCCCGUCUGCAGAGAGCAGUGGUCUGGCACAGCCUGAGCUUGGCCCCAAUACCGACCUCCUGGGAACCUCCCCUAAAGCCUCUCUGGAACUGAAAAGCUCCAUCAUUGGCAAGAAGAAGCCCGCUGCUGCUAAGAAAGGGCUGGGUGCCAAGAAAGGCCUAGGGGCCCAGAAGGUGAGCAACCAGAGCUUCACUGAGAUUGAACGGCAGGCCCAGGUGGCAGAGAAGCUCCGUGAGCAGCAAGCAGCUGAUGCCAAGAAGCAGGCGGAAGAGUCUAUGGUUGCCUCCAUGCGCCUGGCCUACCAGGAACUUCAGAUUGAUCGCAAGAAGGAAGAGAAAAAACUACAGAAUCUUGAAGGGAAGAAACGUGAGCAGGCAGAGAGACUGGGCAUGGGCUUGGUAUCCAGAAGCUCUGUUUCCCACUCGGUGCUGUCUGAGAUGCAGGUGAUUGAGCAGGAAACACCAGUGAGUGCAAAGUCCUCCCGCUCUCAGCUAGACUUGUUUGAUGAUGUUGGAACUUUUGCCUCUGGACCUCCAAAGUACAAGGACAACCCCUUUUCCUUGGGGGAAACUUUUGGUUCCCGCUGGGAUACAGAUGGAGCUUGGGGUGUGGACCGAGUAGAGGAAAAGGAGCCAGAAGUGACGAUCUCGAGCAUCCGGCCUGUUUCUGAAAGAGCCACAAACCGGAGAGAAGUGGAGAGUCGGAGCUCAGGCCUCGAGUCCAGUGAAGCUCGUCAGAAAUUCGCAGGAGCUAAAGCCAUUUCAUCUGACAUGUUCUUUGGGCGAGAGGUAGAUUCGGAGUAUGAAGCCAGGUCUCGGCUACAGCAGCUCUCGGGCAGCAGCGCCAUCAGCUCUUCAGACCUCUUUGGGGACAUGGAUGGAGCUCAUGGAGGAGGAAGUGUUUCUCUGGGGAAUGUGCUCCCUACAGCUGACAUCGCCCAGUUUAAGCAGGGUGUCAAGUCUGUGGCUGGCAAGAUGGCUGUGCUGGCCAAUGGUGUGAUGAAUUCUUUGCAGGAUCGCUAUGGUUCCUACUGACCCCAGGCUCCGUGGCUCAGGCCUGUAGUGGUGACAGCAGCAAGAAGUCCAUGAUUCCCAGGCCAGGGCUGCCUGCCUUGUAGAAGCUGCGAUGUGUCACUUUCUGUGUGUGCUGUGUGAGUGGGGUGGCUUUGGAGGAUCUUGGGCAAGGGAAAUGGUCAUCAUCAGCCUAUGGAUUGAGCCCCUAUUUUCAUCCCCUCGCCCUCUCCCCAUGCUAGUGUCCUUCCAGUCCUGCCUCACAGCUGCUGCUCACUUGGCCUGCUGCACAGGGAGGGGAGGGUUCCUUCAGGGUGGCUGAUUCUGGUUACAGUUCUUCCCCUAAUAGGGAAGGCACAAUGCUUUUGCAGGCUGUAGGAUCCUUUCUAGGUGGUCUGGAGGCCGAAGCCUCCGUCCUCCAGAGAUGGGGAGGCCUAGCAAGGGUUCUGUUAGGUACCAGCCCCAGGGAGAGGCUCUGAACUGUUGCCACUAGCAUCCUCUUCUGGGUACCAGGAAAGGACAUGGGAAGGAAAGACCUUUGGGCCUUACUAAGGGCUAGAAACUUACCCGACAUCUGAGAUUCAUUUGGGAUCAGCCUGAAGGCCUGAGUGAUCUGUCUCUGCUUCAUGUGGAGCUGACUUUUGCUAGGGGCCUCAUAACACUUCCCUACCAUUAUGGUGGGCCAUGGAUCCUUGUCCAUGCCUGAGACUGUCCCCUCUUUCCCUGGUUGGGGCCAUGGUGGGUGGGUGUCAUCUGCUGUGUCCCGACUGGGUGCUGUGAGUCUGUCAGUGGCAUGGGAGGCUGAAGGCAUGAUAGACAGCAGCGGGUUCCUGGGGCUCAGCUUUCUUCCUCUGCAUCAUCCUGGGCCGAGGGUGGCCUGAACGGCAUCCCAUCCAUGAGAGCUUGAAGGGCCUGCAGCGAGCCUCACCCUUUGGCAGCUGAGCCAUGCACUGUGUCAUCCGUGGUGCCAUCUUCCCCUGCCACGCCGGGAAGCAGACUGGGCCCCCUACUCGAGGUUCGCAGGUUGGACUUCCAGGCAACACAAACCACUCUUCCCCAUCCCUCCCCCAGAGGGACAUAACUUUCUUUCAGGACUGUUUGUAUUGAAACAAAGUGGUGUCAAAAUAAAGCCCCCACGGGGCCCUGUGGGUCA